UCUAGCAGUCAUCACGAGUUUACGCUGAAAUUGAAACAGUGGCAACUUUAGGAAUGGUAGCGGGAGGCAUGCACGCAUGUAGCUCUGAAAAUACGUGACGUGAGAAUGACCGUCACUUACACGGCCGAGGUGGCAACAUCCAGUGGAUUAGGAUGUUUCCUUAAACUUCUCUUUCGAUGGAAAGGCAGCAUUUACAAGCUGCUGUGGCCGAAUCUUGUAUUGUACUCCACACUAUAUUUCAGUCUAAGUUUGUAUUACAGAUUUGUCUUGAAUCCGAUUGACAGAGAGUGGUUCGAAAGACUGUCGAUCCACUGUCAAACGUACGGGGACCUCAUCCCCGUGUCGUUCGUCCUUGGCUUCUACGUCUCCCUCGUCAUUAAGCGCUGGUGGGAUCAGUACGUCAGCAUUCCAUGGCCUGACAACCUAGCCCUUUUCGUCAGCGCGCUAGUGCACGGACAGGACGAGAGAGGCCGGCUGAUGCGCCGCACAGUCAUGCGCUACGUGAACCUGUCGCUGGUGCUGACGCUGCGCAUGGUCAGCCCCCGCGUCAAGAUGCGCUUCCCGACCAUGGACCACCUGGUCGAGGCCGGGCUGCUGCAAACCAACGAGAUGAAAAUAUUCGAGGACCUGGAGCGCAAGACGAACCAUCCCAAGUACUGGAUGCCUCUGGUGUGGGCGAGCGGGAUCCUGACGCGCGCGCGCAAGGAGAACCGCAUCACGAACGACUUCAGCCUCAAGACCCUCAUCGACGAGCUCAAUAUUUUCCGGACGGGUUGCGGCAAGCUGCUCAGCUACGACUGGAUCAGCAUUCCCCUCGUCUACACGCAGGUGGUGACCCUGGCCGUCCACUUCUACUUCAUCGCCACCCUGAUGGGCAACCAGUACCUGGACGUUUCGAAAGGAUACGCCAAGCACCAGAUCGACUUAGUAGUGCCCUUCUUCACGUUCCUAGAGUUCUUCUUUUACAUGGGGUGGCUGAAAGUAGCCGAGUCCCUCGUCAACCCUUUCGGGGAAGACGACGACGACUUCGAAGUAAUGUGGCUCAUAGACAGAAACCUGCAGAUGUCGUACGUGAUCGUGGAUGAGAUGCACGAGGAGCACCCGGAGAUGCUGCGGGACGCCUACUGGGACGACGUGGUCCCCUCCGAGCUGCCCUACACGGCCGCCACCAAGCAGUACCAGACCGAGCCGCCCCAGGGCUCCACCAAGAACGUCGAGGUGCCCGUUCACAUGGCGGACUUCGUCAAGGACGCCACCCAGGCCGAAGAAGGCGAGGACAAGGAGACCCCCGUCGGGGACGUGCCGUGGCCCGGGGCGCCGGGGAGGAUGCGGCGCUACUCGAGCGCGUCCGUGCACUCGGGACAGUCCGGGCGCGAGGGCGGCCACCGCCGCAGCAGGACCUCCGUGCUGAGCGUCCUCACCAGGGCGUUCCACCGCGAGGACAGCGCCAAGGACCUCGGUAGGCUCUGA